AUGUCACUACCCUCUUCAUGGAGGCAAUUUCAAUUAUUUGAUAUUACGCCAAUAAAAGAUCCCAAUUAUGGAAGUGAAGAUCCAUUAUAUUCUGAUCAUUCUUUAUCAGCUAUUACUUCUACAGCAUCAUAUCUAGUUAUUGCUACUAAGAAUUCAUUCAUAAAAGUUAUAUCUAAAGAGUUUACGUUAUUAAAAACCUUUAUCGCAUAUGAUCUUGAUUACAGGAUAGGGUAUAUGAAAUCAUUGCCUAGUUCCAAUCUACUUGUAACUUUAGCAGAGAGACAGGGAUCGCCAUCUAUUUUGAAGCUAUGGGACUUGAACAAAAUUCUUCAGCUUUCUGGUGAAAGUAACGAUGAAGGUGAUUCCUUAAAGCAUAAGUACCACACGCAGGUGAAUAUCCAUAAUGGAGACAAUUCGUUUCCCAUAAGUUGUUUCCAAUUCAAUGAUGAUUUGACUUGUGUGGGGAUAGGUUAUACGAACGGUAAAGUGCUACUCAUCCGAGGAGAUUUAAUUAGAGAUAGGGGCUCUAAACAACGACUAAUUUAUGAAACUAAUGAUCCGAUUACUGGUAUACAAUUCAAUAAAUACGAAGACAUACUAUACAUUACUACCACUUCUAAGAUUUUGACGGUACUAACUACGGGGAGAAAUCAUGGAAAACCAAAUAGGUUGCUUUCCAAGAGAACUGGCGUAGAUUUGAAUUGCUCUGACAUAGAUGUCAAGUCACAACAAUUGAUUGUGGGUACGAAGGAUUCAAUAAGAUAUUACAGUCAUUUAAGCAAAAGUGAUACUUUGGCCUUUGAAAUACCAAAGAAAAGCAUAUUUAAGUACAAAAAGAAUUAUUUGCUAAUUGUUUCACCGAUCGAAGAGCAGACUAAGAGCAGCACAUCGGAUGCAACUAAUAAAACCAUCACUAAAAUUUUGAUAAUAGAUUUAUACAACAAGCAUAUAUUCUUCAGUCUUACCAUUCCAAAUAAUACUAUUGAAUAUAUCUUCACUAUGUGGGAUGACCUUUAUAUGUUAAGCAAUGAUGGAGUAUUGUACAAAUUACACGAAAGACCUAUUAACCAACAAAUAGAGUUAAUUCUCCAGCGUUCUUUGUUCAACAUUGCAUAUGAUUUGGCAACUCAAGCAAACUUGUCUAAUGAUAUGCUUCUUAAAAUUCAAUUAUUACAUGGUAGCCAUUUGUAUGAUAAGUCAGAAUUUGAAGAGUCGAUCGAUGCUUAUAUUAAGUGCUUAGCGCUAUAUGAAAAAAAUGAUUCAUUGGAUGGGAAGAAAGGUGAUGAUAAUAUAGACGACUUCAUUAUGACUGUUAUAACCAAAUUUAAAGAUGUAUCCAACAUUAAUAGCUUGAUCAAGUUCUUAUAUAAACUAUAUGAAUUGAAACUUGCUAAUAACGAUCAUCUCACUCUAUUGUUGUGCUGCUAUUGUAAAAUGAAAAUGAUAACAGAUCUUGAUACAUUCAUUGAAGACUUUGAUUUGUCUGAAAAUAGCUCUAAUAAAAAGGAACUGUCUAAAGUAAACUUACAAGAGCUCAACUUUCAGCUUAUCAUAAACUUGUUUAAAGAAUGUGGAUAUUUUACGCAAGCAAUUAAGUUGUUACAUAAAUUAAACCAGCCAAGCCAUAUAGUAGGUAUUCUGCUAAAUGAUAUGCAUCAGCCAAAACAAUGUUUGGAGUACAUGAAAAGUUUAUCUAUUGACGAAUUAUUGUUAAUCCUAAUUGACCAUUCGAAAUCUUUAUUAGAUAGUCUACCAAUUGAAACUACUGAAUUAUUAAUUAAUGUAUUUACUGGGAAAUUUGUUCCUAAGGAACAACCCGAUGGACCAGUUAAUGCAAAGAGAGUCCUGGAUACCAUGGCAAAUAAUAAUGAAGCUGAAGUGGCAUUUCCGUUAAACAGUUACAAGGCAUUCCUUGCUUAUAUAGCAGGUUCUUCUUCGGGUAAAGUGGAUUCAGAAGAGUCAACUGUUUCAACUAAUUUGCAUUCAGAACCUACUUAUUCACCGCCUAAACCUAGUUUGAUUUUCCCUUCCUAUAUUAAUAAUCCAAACGAGUUUGUUAUAUUUUUGGAAGCAUGCAUUGAAACAUUUGAAAGAUAUCAAGGUAAUAUCAACGAUAAGAAAGAUUUAUUAAUUACUUUACUAGAAAUGUAUCUUUCAUUAUCCAAGUCAGAGAACGAGAAAAAUUCGUGGCUUUCCAAAGCAAAAGAAUUAGUCAAGGAUUAUUCUUCUUUAUUAAACAAAUCUUCAUUAUUGCUUAUAUCUCACAUAUACGAUUUUAAAGAAGGGGAGAUUGCUGCAAAACAACAAUCAGGAUUCGAGGAAAGUUUAUUUAGAACGUCACAAUCAUCUAGCGAAAUAGAUGGUUGUUUUGAAAUAAUGCAUAAAUAUGGGGAAGAUAAACCUGAGUUAUAUAAGCAAAUGUUGAAGUUUAUUGUUUCAAAAAAAGAGGUAUUUAAUAAAGUAGAUGCGAAGGAUUUCAAGUUCAUUUUAGGCCGCAUAAAAUCUUUAAAGCUAGCCACACCUUUGGAAGUAAUACAAAUUCUAAGUGCUACUGAAUUCGCAACUAUAGGAUUGAUAAAAGACUACUUAAUCGAAUACAUUGAUACUCAAAAACAAGAAAUUUCCAAUAAUGUUAAAUUAAUUCAAUCAUACGAAAAAGAAUCCACUAAAAAUACCCAUAAAUUAACAGAGUUGACCUCUAAACCAUUUGUCAUUCAAAAUAACAAAUGCUCUUCUUGCAAGAUGAAAUUAGAUUUCCCAAUUGUCCAUUUUAAGUGCAAGCAUUCAUAUCAUCAACGUUGCUUAGAUGAAAAUAAAUUUAUUUCGUCUGGUGCUGAAUUGGAUGGUCUUGACGUCACGACUCGUUGCUGUCCCUUAUGUAUCAAUGAUCUUGAACUGGCACAUUCGGCCAGGGCUGAUCAAUUACGAACAAAAGACGAUAUUGAAUUAUUUGAACAAUCUUUGAAUGAAGCACCUGACCGUUUUAAAAUUAUCACUAAUUAUUUGGGUAAGGGUGUCAUGGAAAAUGGCCCGACCACCUUGUUAGAAGCAGAUUAA